AGUCGUUCAUGAAUGAAUUUGACCUGGCAGUAUAUGGUCAGUGCCGGAAUAUAUCCAACACGCUCCUUGCUUUUCAUCCACCUUUUUCUCUCAAGCUUAUUUUUUAUUCAAUAGCAGAAUGGAUGCGUAGGGAAUGGCAAUAGAAUGAUAUGAGCUACAGUAGAAUAGUCCACCACAGUGAGGGGGACACUGCUCGGCCAUUCUGCAUCUUAGCAAAAAAUGGAAUGUAUGAACAUGCUUCCGUCCCUCUCCGCCCCGAAGCAAAUAUCUCUGCAGGCUUCGACAGCAUUCGCGUGGUGCUCGAACAAUCAACCCCGUGCACACCUGGCGCAUCCACCAAAGGAGAGAUCAGCAAAAAUGCACAUAGCGGCGGUGCAACGUUUCUGGAUAUGCAUCGUGCACAAACACCUGCGUGCCUCCGAGCACAACUGCCAGAACAAUGGGCGAUGCCUGAACGGCGAGUGUACACUAUUUCCACACCCUUUCAUCCCUCUUGGAUGUUUGAGUUUCGCCUGGCGUGGUUGAAUUAUCCCCCAACGCUAUGCAGGCAAAGUAUUAGGGCAUUGUGUGCUUGCAAGUGUGCGCAGCAUCCAGACAUUGACAACGUAACCUACGCUCAGCACUUUUCUGCUCACCAGUUGCAUGCUGACACUCUCAUGCCCUCCGACUAG